CGGAUCGGGAUCGGAGCCGGGAUUCGGAUCGGGAUCGGAGCCGGAGCGGGUGAUGUGCCAUGGCUGAUCCUCUCUCCAAAUCCGACCUCGUGGCAGCCUUGGCUCUCUUUGCUGGUGACCCAACCUACUUUCAGCUGGAUCAUGGAACCUUUGGACAGACAGUGCCGUGUAAACCUAAAACAGGAGUGGAUCCCUGUGAGGUUUGGUGCUCGCUGCCCGUGGAGAAAUUGAGGGAAAUUUGCAACGUGAUCAAAAUCCGGAUCUUCUGGUGUGCCCUGUUCACCAGGGAGAGCACGUCCUUCGUGGACACCUUCUGUUUGAUGUUCCUGGACUGGGACAUGAAGAAAGUUUAUGAGUUCAAUGUCAUGGAGGACCUUGCUGAUUUAAUUAAAAAAGUUGUUAACAUUCCCCAUUUCAUCAGUGGCAUCCUGAGGAUUGGCACUGGGAUAGAAAAUGGGCUGUUCCCCCUCGGCGAGGCGCUGGACUGGGUGCGCUGCGUGGGCGCCCCGGGGAUGCUGCAGGACCUGGAGCACAUGGGCGACUUCGGCCGCGUCAUCCUGGCCAUGUUCUUCUCCGAGUGGAAGCGCUACAUCACCAAGGUGGCCCUGGAGGAUUUCGAUUUGGUGGCUGAUCUCAAAGCUGUGACCUGUGAGAGCUCCAGGAAGAAGAGUGAAGCCAUGAAGCAGAAGGGAAAUGCUGAAUUCUCCCAGGGGGCCCUGGGCUCUGCCAUCGUGUCCUACACCAAAGCCAUCGAGUUCUGCCCUACCAACCACCUGCUGUAUGGGAACCGAGCUCUGUGCUUCAUUCUCACCAGGCAGUACGGGAGAGCUGUACUCGAUGGGAAAAGAGCCAUAGUUCUCAAGCCUGACUGGCCUAAGGGCCACCACCACUACUGCAAGGCCCUGGCGCUGCUGGGCAAGGCGGAGCUGGCGCUGGUGGCCAACGAGAAGGCGCAGGAGCUGUGCCGGGCCAGCCCCGAGGGGCUGCGGGAGCUCGUGCAGCAGAACGAGAAACUGCGGAGGGGCUGCCAGGACAGCCCGGGUACUGAGCAUAAACAGAAGCCGAGGAAGACUCUGUCUGAGAAAAAGGACCGAAGUUCCUCAAAAUCCCCUCCAGGAACUUCCCAGGAGCAGAAAGGAGCAGGGGAGGAGAGGAGGAGGAGCCAGGAGGAGCCCAAACACCCCCAGGGGGCUGAACUGCAGGAGACGGACAAGGUGACUGAGCCCCAGAGAGCAGAAGGCAAAGGUUCCGCGCUGGAGCAGCCUCCAAACCAAAGCCAGCAAAGCAAACGAAAGCCAAAAACCAAAACUAGUGACGAUGAAAAAAUGAGGGAUCAUGUGGAUUUGAAGAGGGAAAAAGCCAUGGAGGAUCAAGGUUUCUGUGCUGUGCCACAGGUUGAUUUCAGUGCAGGUGGAAAAUCCCUUGGCCUGGAGGGCGAUGGAGCCUCGCUGGCCAGGGACAAACCCGUUUUACUGCCCCUGCUGAAAGCCUUGAACGCUCCAGAAUUCACGGUGGAUUUCAGCUGCCUGCCCGAGGGUGUGAAGGCGCUGGCCCGCGAUGGCUGCCGGGCCCUGCAGGAGCAGCAGUGCCACGACGCCGAGCUCGCCUUCUCCCAGCUCCUCAGCAUCUUCUACGGCUCGGGCCUGGCGUAUAUGAAUAGUGUGAAUAUUCUUAAUAUUAAUUAUGUUAUAUUCCUCUAUGGACAUGCCACUGCCCUCCUGGGAAUGGGACAUCCUGAGGCAUUGGCAAAAGCUGAAGUUCAGUUUAAGAAAAUAAUGGAGAAAUAUCCAGAAGAAAGUUGUUCUUGUUUGGCACACUAUGGAAUUGGGAGGGUUUACCUCAGGCAAAACAGGUUUGUUCAUGCCCUCGACCAAUUCCUGAGGUCAAAGCUGAUGAUUGAUCACAAUAUUUUCCCUGGAGUUUUAACCUGGCCAGGAACAACUCAGGUCAUUGAGGAGACGCGAAUAGAGAAUUUACAGCUGGCUUUAAGGAAUUAUAUUGAGGAAUGUAAAUUCCCCCCAGAGCCAGAUGCUGUUUGUCGAUAUCAGCAGUGCCAUGGCUACUCCAAAAUCCAAAUAUAUUUUACAGACCCAGACUUUAAGGGUUUUAUACGUGUUAUCUGCUGUCAGCAGUGUAGAGUGGAAUUCCACAUCAGCUGCUGGAAAAAGCUGAAAACGGCAAGCUACAGUGAUAAAAAUGAUAAGGAUUUCCUUAAGGAAAUGUGUUUUACUCCUGAUUGUAAAGGCCUUAUUUCAAAAAUAGUUAUUUUCAGUCCUCCUGGGGUGGUAAAAUGUGAAUUUGAACAAAAAAUCCCAAAACUGAAGGAACCCCCAAGGGCCUGUAUAAAACAGAAAUGCACAAGCCUUAGGAACAUAAAAAUAAAGCAAGAAAAGAAGAAGUGGCGGAAGGAAGCGCGGGAGGCGGCCAGGAGGAGCUGUGCCAGGAGAGAAGCUGAGCAGAAGCAGGAGGGGAGCGAGCAGCCCCAGGGCAGCCAGCACAGGGGUGCUGGCCAGGAUUUAUACGCUGGGGACCAAAUCCUGCAGCACAUCCGGCGCCAUUCCGAGAAGAUCAAAGCUGCUGUCCCUGACACUGCCAGGCUGCUGAAGGAGUUGCUGGCCUGGGGGGUGAUCAGGGAGCAGGAUUUCAGCUCUUAUUCCCAAAUCCACGCUGCCCAGGAGGUGCUGGAGCAGCUGCUGAGCUCCGUGAUGCAGGAGAGGAGCCGGGUGCGGAGCAGGGCCUUCCUGCACGUGCUGAGCCAGCUGGGAGAGGUGGAUGCCAAAGUGCACAAGUGGCUGCAGCACCUGGAUCACCGGGGUCUGACAGCUACAAAAAAUUUUCUCCUUCAAUAUGGCCAAGUUCUGCAAGAGCUUGACUUUUCUAUUUUAACUCCACUGUGGAACCAGAAAUAUGGCAGUAAAUUUGAUAGUGUGGCAGCUGGUGGUGGAAAGAAAGAAAUUUGUGAUUAUUUCCUCGCCCCUCCCCUAGAGAAAUCCCGGUGUUUUAUAUGGCUUUUAGAAGAAAACAGACAACAUUUCCCACAGCUCCAUCAAGCUUUAGAUGAAUUCUUUGAUAAAAUGGAUGAUCCAACCAUUAUAUUAAAGAAGCAGGGAAAUGAGAAUUUAUCAAAUAAUGAAAUCAAAGUUAAAAAUAAAAACAGGAAGAAGAAUUUGAAAGAUUCAAAGUCUAUUUUAGUAUUAUCCAGUGGAGUUAGUACAGCACCACGAGAAGAAGAGAAGAGAUUUAUAGAAGAAAAUAAUGUGUACAGAGAUUUUCGAAAUGAAAAUCCCUUUGUAGUCCCAGAACAUCUCCAGGAUCAAGUGGAGGAAUUCGAAGCUCGCUAUAAUAUUGCAAAUAGUAACAAUUAUCAGAUUAAUAAUAAUAAUAAUCCAGAUCCAAUCUCUGAGAAUUUAUAUGAUUAUUUCUCUCAAAUCUUGGAACAACAUGGCCCUCUGGAAAUUAAUAAUAAGCUGCUGAUUGGGGAAUAUGAAAAUUUCCCUGAGGAGACGCGGAAGGUGGUGGAAGAUGGCGGCGGCCUUGAGGCCUUCCUGCUGAAAUCCCUUCGGUUCAUCAUGGUGGACAAUCUGAUUGGCCUGAAGAAGCACUCGGCCCUUUUUGAAGGAGAUCCAAGCAGAAAUGAAAAUAAAGAUGAAAAUCCACCUGGGGAAUGCCAGGGGAAUCCUGCCCACAGCAAGCUGCCCCUGAAUCCCUAUGCCCAGGAGUUCAGACCUCUCUCGUACCCCGUGGAUGCCCCUUUGGCAGCAGCUCCUGAUUUAUCAGAUUAUCACACCCAGCAAUAUUUCCCCUGCUCCUUCCCUGCUCCCUGCCCUCCUGGAAAUCCUCUAGAAAACCAAAAUAUUGAUUCCAUGGGAAGCCAGGCUCCGUUUUCAGGUGUUUUACUGAAAGGCUUCGAGCCCGCAGUCCCGGCUGUGUUUUUACCUCAGAGCUCCUGGGGUUAUCAGUAUGGAAUAUUGCCCCUGGCACAGGCUGGGUUUAUUUAUGCUGAUGCUGCAGCUCCUCAGCAACAUCUGCACUCAGCAAUCCCAGCUGGGAAAUGCAGCCCUGAGCUUUUUGUGCCAGGUGAAAUCCAGGAGUACAAAGGCCCUUGGGGCCAAUUGGAGAACUUGGAUAGAAAGGACUCUGCUUUACCAAAUGGCUCGGAUGAAGCUGAGGGUGAUAAAUGUGUGAACAAGGAAAAUGGAAAGAAAAAUAAAGGCGGGAUGAAGAGCAAUCCUCACAUAAAGAUGGUGGCAGUGCAGGUAAAUCAGGAAGUUGCUAAUAGGGAAACCAAUACUUUGCCUUUCCAUCCAUUUGAAAAUCAACAAGGCGACAUUCUCCGCGUGGAGAAGGAGCACCGGGUGCUGCAGGAGCAGCUCAGGGAGGCAGAGGUGAAAUCCCAGCAGUCCCAGAGCAGGAGCUUGGAGGAGAUCGCAGCUCUGGAAGGGCUCCUGAAGAAAAGCCUUGAGGAGACUCAGGUGUCCCAGAAUGAGCUGCGUUGGUUCCACCAAGACUCAGAGGCACAAAUGAAGAAGUGGCAGCAGGAGAAGAAAGAGAAUCGAGAGAAUUUAAAAGCUCUGAAGGGCACAGCUAAAAAACACUCGGACACCAAUGAGAGGUAUUUGAAGAGCAUUGAUGAGAAGGAAAAGCAAUAUAAUGCAAGUGUAAAGACAUUUCUGAAGGCCAGUAAGAAAUUUGCUAAUGAGAAAGGCAAACUGGAAGAGCUGAUAAAAAAGAGUGAGAAUGACAGCCAGGAGUGUGAGAAAAGAGCUGUUAAAGCAGAGGUCUCGGUGCUGCAGACCUGGAAGGAAACUGAGAGCUGGAAGCUCAGGGGCACCAUUGCCAAGGCAGAGGGAAACCUCAGGGCGCUGCAGGCGCUGGGCAGCAGCUCAGCUUCUGCAGCUCCUGUGUUGAAGUCCCAGAUUGAUUCCUGGGAAAUAUUUAUAUCAAAUGUCAAGAAACAACUGGAAAAAGUCGAGGCUGAGUAUGAGGAGAAGAUGGAGCUGGUGAGGAAGGGGGCCCGGGGCUGCCUCAGCAGAGUGGAAGUUGUGGAUCUUCCCUGGCCCCAGGGGUUUGUGGCCACGCCUCUCAGAGCUCCCAUGUGUGACCCUGCCAUUGUCACCUACUCCUCAGCACCAGCACCUCCCGGUGCCCUCCCUGCAUUUCCCAGCUCUGAGGGAAAAGCUCCGGCCCAGCCUCCCCUGCCAGCACAGAGCGGGGCCAAGGCAGCCCCUGAGGCUUCUCCUGCCCCUGGCAAAGCUCCAGACAAACACCCCAGAGCUCCAGAGGGGUCACAGCCCACUGAAAUCCCACCCUCCUGCCCACCAGGAGCUGCUGGGGCCAACUCCCAGCAUGUCCAGCCCAGCCAGGAUCCCUCAGCUCUGCCACAGAGGCCGCCUGCAAUUCCAACCAACAAAAAGCUUCCCAAAAAAUUUGGAAAUAUUUUAGCCCAGCUCCAGAGUAUCUUCCCAAACUGCAGCAGCUCAGAGCUCGUGGCCUCCCUCCUGGAGGUGCAGAGGAGAAACGGGAGCAGCCUGAGCCCUGAUGAGACCCUCAGCAUGGCCACGGAGCUCAUCGUGGACCAGCAGCUCAAGGCCCCUGCAGCAGGCAGAGCCCUGCCCUCCCCAGGCCCUGCUGCCCCAGCCCGCGCCAGGGGAGCGCCCUUGGAUGCAAUCGGCCCUGCCCCCAAAGCCUCCGGGGGUAAAAACCCCUCCCAGGCAAACCUGCAGCCCUGGGGCAACGCUGGAGCAAUCCCUAAAGCCAAGUGGAGGAAGCAGGACAGUGCUGCCUGCAGUGAGGAUCCCUGCAGCAUCUGUCACGAUGAGCUGAGCAGUGACUGCUGUGAGCUCGAGUGUGGCCAUCACUUCCACAGAGAGGUGAGCUCUGCUCCUGUUCCUGAUCCUGAUCCUCACCUCAAACACAACCCCAUUCCCUCCCCUCACCCUUCAGCUCUGCUCCUGCUUCUGAUCCCCACCUCACAAACAACCCUUUACCCUCCCCUGACCCUUCAGUGCCUAAACCUCAGGGCACAAUCCCUUUUCCAGCCUUGACCCACAGGCAGCCUGUCAGAAAGCUUUGGUUGUUUUUAAAACGAAAUGAUUCAUCAGAGUGGAUUUCUGAUGAUGCUUCAGAAAUGGAUUUGGUUGGGAUUGCUGGCAGCACACUCAGGGAAUGGUUUAUCCCUGAAAACUCUGGAAUGGUUUAUCCCUGAAACCUCUGGAGUUGCCUGCUGCUGAUGGAAAUCCAUGAAGUUAAAACAGCCAGGGUUGUGUUGGAGUAACCCCACCUUUCCCCUUUACCUUUUCUGUUCCAAUGCUGAUUUAAUAAAUCCCAUCAGAGCAGAACAGCUCCACCCCACUGUGUGAACUCCCUGCAGAGCUCCCCCACGCGUGCCAGCCAUCUCCAGCCUCGGCUGGGCUCCUGUCCCCGUUCACCCUGUCCCUGUCCGUCUGUCCGCAGUGCAUCCGGACGUGGCUCAGGCAGCACUCCAGCUGCCCCAUCUGCCGCGUGCACGCCCUGCUGCCCGAGGACUUCCCCGAGCUGCCCGCCUGGAACAAGCCCAGCUGAGCCUCCUCUGCUCCCUCCUGCACCAUCGCAGCUGGGAAGGGGCUGCAGCAGUGCUGGGGGACAGGACACAACCCUGGCUUCGCUUUGGGGUUUCACUCCAAGAUCCAGGAUUUCUCCUGGUUCCUGCCUGGCAGCGCACAGCACUGCUGCGUUUCUGGCUAAGGGACACUGAAAGUACCAAAUCCUUUUAGCAGUGCAUCAUUCCCUCAGAUUUAUUCCAGUAUCAAACAAGUAGGUGACCCAAAGGAUGGACCAAAAGAAUUGGAACUCAAAACGUUCCCUCUGGCAUAGUCUAAUUCAAGCCUGGGUUGGCCUUUGCAGCUCCUCUCUCUGCACAAAGCCACAGCUGAGAACUCAAAUUGUUUAAAAAAUGACUUUUAGUCACAUUCUGAAGUAAGAAUUUUAAAUUCUUCAUUUGGAUCAGUUUUUAAAUCUCAAGGUUGAAAUUUGAAUUUCCCUCAUUUUUGUUUAAAAAAGGAGGGAAAUUUCCCUCCUGGUCUGUUUAAAUGGGAAGGAUUUUUUAAAAUUAUUUUUAAAGGAUUUUUGAGUGACAGUUCCUUUGUACUUUGUGCAGAAAUGGUCACCAGUAGCAGGAGGGGCAGAAUUCCAACAGCUCAGGGAAUUUUCUCCCACUAUUUUAUGAGUCUGAAGUGGCCAGAGAACUUUUAACACAGACAAAUUUGUCCCAAACAGCCAAAGGUGAGGACCAGAGCCUGAGAAUCUUGAAAUUAAACCCAAUAUUCUGAAUCCAGGGAGCACCACAUGGAUUAGGAGCCCUUGGCUAAUUCCAGGGAUCACUUGUUCCCCACACUGCUUGACUCCUCCAGCUGAAGUUGUUAACUCCUCUCUCAUUUAUCAGUGUAUUACUUACCACUUCAAUAAAAAAUAAAAUUGCUUCUGCAGCCAAA